AUGGCGCCGUCCAGUGAUGCACAACUGCUUCCACACGUCAGGAACAGCUACUAUGCGAUUAUGGCGAUCCCGUGGGAUGCGUCCGAAGAAGAAAUCCGCAGGAAGUACCACUCGCUCAUGCGCGAAUUUCACCCUGACAAAGGUGGCCGCCGCAUCGGGGGAGCUGCAACAGCCGAACACUUCCAUGAGGUGCAAAGUGCAUAUCGGUGUCUCUCUCAUCCCACGAGGAGGCUGCAAUAUGAUUUGAGAACGUUUGGACGAUCUUCCCUCGCAGUGGGAUCGGAAGGCGAAGAGCUUUUGAUGCGCUGCAAGGAGCAGGCGGAAAUCGAUCUUCGAAAUAUGCAGGUGCAACUUCGCGGGAUCUUGCAGAAGGAACAGAAGGUCAAAGGGUUGAUUGUCACGCAGGCACUUUAUGGCAACUUGCAGCUACGUGAAGAGAUCUUGCACGAGGCCCUGGUGGGUGAGAGGCCUAUACGCGGAGAAGACUUGGCAGGGCCGUGGAUAGAUGUGACCACGGCUCUGCAGUGCUUGGUGGAGGAACACAGGAUUGUUUUACACGGCGGCAUCACUGCAUCGAAGGUGGACCUGCCGGGAGUCUACAAUCCACUACCUCUGGAUUCAGAAGCUGAGCUCAGCCUCUAUGUGCUGUACCAGUUCCAGGAUGCAACGCACGAGGUCACGGUGGGCGACCGUCAGCCACUCUCUAUGCCAUUGAGGACACAUCUCGUAGCCAAGGGAACGCACCCGCGAGGGCCUUUCGCUUCAUCGAAUGCUGACCUUUUGAUGCACAAAAGGCAACGUGAUGCAAUCGCUCCGCGACUGCGGCUGCUGUCUCCAGAGGAGGCGCUACAGAAAGUUGUCCAGGCCCACUUGGUUUGGCGACUUCAUGGACAACCCGGGGAUGUUUCCAAGCGCGAGUACCGCCUCGCGCUGUCCACAUGUGCUCUGGCUGCUGCAAUGACCCUCUUCUUCAUUCUGCGUGGCUUGGCAAAGGCGGUGAGAUCUUCGUCUCCAACCCGACAUAAGCAUCAAGUUGCCUUCGAAGCAGCUGAGGGACAUAGCUUUCCCUUGUCGCGUAUUCCUGGAGUACAGUCUGCUCUUGCCCGAUUCCGAUUGAAGGUGUGGCAUGUCAUAUUCACAGCCCACAUGCUUUCGCAGCCUGCGAGGUUAAAGCACAACGAAUGCUGCAAGUGCAUCCAAAAGUUCGGGAGACGUGGCUGUGUUUUGGCAAUGCCAAUUUUGACAUGA